CAUUGUCAACUGCAGAACUGCUGUUGCCAUAUUAACUUUAUGAUUAAUUUGUUGAAUUUUCAAAUACGUCCCUGUAAUAUUAGAAAACCUCAAAAAAUAUAGACUGCGCUAUCUAUCGGAAGAAAAGUAACUAGUUUAGGAUUAUAGUAUCUACAUGUAGAAAACUAUAUUCAAAAUUUGAGUUUCAUAGAGAUGGCGCCACCUAAAACUACCUUACAGACAUCUAUUAACUAUGAUUUGAGUUGAGAGAAACAUUCUUGGGGAGAAAACUACAAGAAAAAUAGAUUUUAUGGCACAGUUUUCAGUUCCGUCACUAGAUGGCAGUGGCGAAAUUGACAUGAACGAUGAUAAUUAACCUCAAAGUUUAAAGAAAAUAUUCUGUGAGAAAACGUCACGGUAACAUUUUGUUUGUGUUUUCAAUUUCUGUAAAACUAAAACUCCAACUUCUUUAGUUAAAAGAAAUGAAAGUCUGCAAACUUACGCGAAUGUGAAUUGUCUUUCUACUGUUCCUGGUUAUCUAUUAUCCAUUUUGAGGUCACCUGAUAACCAAAAUGGAUCCAGGCAAAAAAAUAUCAUUUGGCUUCAGCAAACAGAGCAAAAAGCCUGCGCUUUUGAGGCAGCCGUCUCCGCCAAAGGUUGAACUCGUGGAAUGCUUGGAAGGACACGCCGUCAAAGUGAAAGAUGCUGUUGAAGAAGUCCAUGAGCCCUUGGUUAUCCCAAUCAAAGAAGACAGAAAAGGAAUAGUAGAUAGAAUAAAACAGGCUAGAGCAAAACAGUCAAGUGAGGCUAAUACAAAAGAUGAGUUGGAAGGAAAACCAGAUUCUGAACUAACACUAGAUGAACUGGCUGCUAGGGAGCUACUAAAUGAUGCAAAAAAGAAACUAGAACAGGAGAAUGAUCCAGAAGGUAAAGUCUUGGUGCUUCCAACUAAAGAAGAUAAGCUCAAAUUAGAGGGUGAACCAGAGCCAACAUUAGAGGAUUAUGAAAACAUCCCUAUCAGUGAUUAUGGAUUGGCAAUGCUACGAGGCAUGGGAUGGAAGGAAGGCACAGGAAUUGGAAAAAAACCUGUUAAAACUAAUUUGGCUAAACCUCCUGAUGUCAGACCAAAAGGACUAGGUUUAGGUGCAACAAGAGUAAUUCAGGAAGAAAAAUCAAAGGACAAAGCUGUUGACAAGGAUGGCAAAGAAUUAAUUUUGAAAAAAGGGGCAUUUGCUAAAAUUAUAGCAGGACCAAAUAAAGGCAGUUAUUGCAAGGUUUUAGGCCUAGAUGAUGAAGCUGCUAGAGUGAUUGUGAAGACAGCACUUAAAGAAACUGUACUUUCACUUAAUGAGUUCAUGGUUGUCCUUGUCAGUGAAGAAGAAUACAAUAGAAAUUCAAAAGUUUUGAAUCAUGCAAAAUAUGAAGAGCACAAGGAAAGAAUCAACAAUGAUCUUAUCAAAAAAGAACCAGACAGCGUAAGUGACGAUUUAGGCAAUCCAACCUCAAAUAAACAAACUAAAGAGAGUACUUCCAGAUCUCAUUCGAGCUAUAGAGAAGACAUUAAGGGUACUCAAAGUGUAAAACAAGAGAAAGAAGAAAAGUACAAAGAAAACCACCAGGAGGAAUCAAAAUAUAAGAUUGAGAAAAUACGAAAUAAAUUGAGUUCUCCAGAUAGAGACUUGAAAAAGGACAGUAGAAAUCACAGAAAUGUGAAAGAAGAAUAUGUAAAAAAGGAAAAACAUUAUAGUCAGGAUAAAUCGAGUUCAAGAAAAGGGAAAAGUAGGAGUCGGAGCAGAAGAGACUCCUCUGCCUCAAGCAGUGAUGCAGAUGACGGAUAUAAAGAAAUGAGCAAGAGUCAUAAAAACAAGUCAAAGAAAAAAGGAAGUCAUGACUCUGAUCAUGACAGAAGAUCCGGUCACAGUAAGAAGUCAAAGAAAAAAGAAAAAUACAGAAAUGAUUCUAGCUCAGAUAGUGAAUCCGAGAAAAAAAGAAAACAGCAUAAAAAGAAAGACAAGAAAAGUCACAAAGAUAGGAGUAGGUCACCAAGGAGAAAGCAUAGUAAGAAAAGCAGGAAUCGAACAAGAUCAUCAUCAUGUGACUCUUAAUAUAUAUGAUUUAUAAUUGGUGUAUAGAAUUUUGUAAAUGAAUGUAUUAAAAAAAUGAGCUCCUCUAAAGAUGAUUGUAUCACUACCGAUACCCCGACUGAUGUGACUUCACACCGCUGACUCUGAAACCAAUGGCGCCAACAUAGAAAAAUUCAAGGAGGCACAUUGGUGGUUCCAGCAAGAUUUCAUGGGAAGGAUGAGGGGCGGGAGUGCUAGUGAUUGAAUUGAAUUUAAUAAAAAAAUGAACCUUGAAUUCCUCUUUCACAGGAUAUAGCUUAAAUGGCUUGAUGCAUUUUAAAAUAUGAGGUGUCUAGAUUGGUUUGUCUCUUAAUGCAAGUGACACUGGGCAUACUAAAGUUUAAUAAAAUCAGAAUAUCGGAUCUUGAUAGCAAUUUGAAGUUAAGGUCCAUCACGCUUCGACGUCUACUGAUGUGAACAGCUGAUCAGCAUGUGACAUUUUUGUGUUAGUCUGCGACGUUGGCUCCAAAGAAUCGGGUGUAAAUCUAAAUUUGUAGCGUGUUGUUUUUUGUUUGCAGAUGAACUUUUCUCAAUAAAAUAGAUAAA